AUGGCGUCGCCGCCCCCCGUAGAAGACCAGGCCAGGCUGCUUGAAGAUGCCCUCGCCGUGGUGCGCCAGCAGACGAUGCUCAUGCGGCGCUGUCUCGAGACGCCGGGCAAGUUGAUGGAUGCGCUCAAGUGCAGCUCGACCCUCGUCUCAGAACUGCGCACCAGCAGCCUCGGCCCCAAACAGUACUAUGAGCUAUACAUGGCCGUCUUCGAUGCCCUGCGCCACCUGGCCGUCUACUUGCGCGAGAACCACCCAGUCAACCACCUUGCCGACCUCUAUGAGCUGGUCCAGUAUGCCGGCAACAUCAUCCCCCGCCUCUAUCUCAUGGUCACCGUCGGUACCGUCUACAUGGCCAUUGAAGAUGCGCCCGUCAAGGAGAUCAUGAAGGACAUGAUGGAGAUGAGUCGCGGGGUUCAGCACCCCGUCCGUGGCCUCUUCCUGCGCUACUACCUUGCCGGCCAGGCCCGCGACCACCUUCCCUCGGGUGAUGGUGAUGGGCCGGAGGGCAACCUGCAGGAUUCCAUCAGCUUCAUUCUCACAAACUUCGUCGAGAUGAACAAGCUGUGGGUCCGCCUGCAGCACCAGGGACACUCGAGGGAGCGGGAGCAGCGGACCAAGGAGCGACAAGAACUGCAACUUUUGGUCGGCAGCAACUUGGUCCGUUUGAGCCAGCUGGUCGAUCUAGACAACUAUAAGAAGAUUCUCAACCCGCUGCUUGAGCAGAUUGUCCAGUGCCGGGACGUGCUUGCGCAAGAAUAUCUCCUCGAAGUUGUCACCCAGGUCUUUCCAGAUGAGUUCCACCUUCACACCCUCGAUCAGUUCCUUUCUGCCGUCGCACGCUUAAACCCGCAAGUCAACGUCAAGGCCAUUGUCGUUGGCCUUAUGGACCGAUUGUCGUCGUAUGCGCAAAGAGAAGCCGAGUCGGAAAGUCCAGAACAGCGCAAGAAAACAGAAGAGGAAUCGAUAGCACACCUUUUGGAGCAGAUGCGGACAGCAAAGGAAAACAAGGCAGCUGAACCGGAACCUGCGCCGACACAGCAAAAUGGCAACUCUUCAGAAACAUCAGAAACGCAACCAUCCACGGAAGAGACCACAGAAGAAACCACAGAAGACUCAUCAACCCCUGCCAAGGCACCUGCUGAAGAGACUCCAGCGACAGAGGCAGACGGGGAGAUUGAGAAGAAACGGGGAAUACCGAACAAUGUCAAGCUUUUUGAGAUAUUCAACGAGCAGGUGCAGACAUUGGUGAAGAUGCAGCGACUGCCAAUACAAGACACCAUUGGACUGCUGGUGUCACUGGCAAAUCUUGCGCUGAACAUCUAUCCUGAACGGCUCGAUUACAUUGACCAAGUUUUGACAUUUGCAAACCAAAAAGUUGCCGAAUACCAGAACAGCGCAGACCUACACUCGCAGGCUACCCAGAGCCAAAUCCUCAGUCUCCUUCUUUCACCCAUCAAGACCUACAUCUCGCUCUUCACCGCUCUAGCGUUACCAAACUUCAUCCCGCUCCUACACUCACAACCAUACCCGACUCGAAGAGCUGUAGCAGGCGAGGUAGCAAGAAGUCUCAUGCGAAACCAAACUUCCAUUGCAACAGCAGAGAAUCUCGAAAGCGUGUUGGAGAUUUUGAAAGUCUUAAUUAGAGAAGGCAUACAACAAGCGCAAGGAUACCCAGGUGGGCCAAUCCAGAGAAGGGCACAGGAGACGGAGGAGACAAUAGAAGAACAGGGUUGGCUCGCGCGGAUAGUACAUCUGAUCCAUGGCAAAGACAACGAUACCCAAUUCAAGCUCCUGCAGACCGCGCGAAAGGCCUUUGCCGACGGCAACGAGCGCGUCAAGUACACAUCUCCUGCUAUCAUUACAGCGUCACUCAAGCUUGCUCGCCAGUACAAGAAGCGCGAACACUUUGAAGACAACUGGCAGUCGCAGUCAUCGGCUCUUUACAAGUUUAUGCACAACACCCUCUCGACGCUGUACACUCGGGUCACAGGCUCCGCAGACCUUUCCCUUCGCCUCUUUGUUGCUUGUGGUCAGGUCGCAGACCAGAGCGGCUUCGAAGAGGUCGCGUACGAAUUUUUUGCACAAGCAUUUACAAUCUACGAGGAGGCUAUUAGUGAUUCAAGAGCACAGUUCCAGGCUGUAUGUGUCAUUGCAAGCGGCUUGCACACCACAAGGAAUUUUGGAAAGGAGAAUUACGAUACCCUGAUUACCAAGUGCGCGCUACACGGCAGCAAGCUGCUAAAGAAGCCGGAUCAAUGCCGCGCUGUGUACCUUGCAAGCCACCUAUGGUGGGCGACCGAGAUUCGGGCGCUGGGUGAGGAGGACCCCAAGGACCUCUACCGCGACGGCAAGCGCGUCCUCGAAUGCUUACAACGAGCGCUCCGUGUCGCCGACGCCUGCAUGGACGCCGCCGUAUCCGUUGAGCUCUUCGUCGAGAUCCUAAACAGAUACGUCUACUACUUUGACCAAGAAAACGAAGCCGUUACAACCAAAUACCUCAACGGCCUCAUCGAACUCAUCCACUCAAAUCUGCAAUCAAACGAAAACGCUUCUUCCCUCGAGAACCCCCGUAAACAUUUCCAGCGCACUCUGGAUUACAUAGCAAGUCGCGAGUAUGAAGGUGUGGUAACGACGCCCAAGUAG